UUGUAUUUUUCAGAUCUUUGAACAAUUUUUACAGAUUUUUAUGUUUGGCAUUAUGAUUAUUGACACUUAUUUGCUGGCGUUUUGUUCCCCUUCAUUUUAUGGAUGUUUUAUUCAUUUCUCCCUAAUUAUUGUUUUGACUUUGGAGCUUUUUGUUGCUCCCAUUAUAUUGGGCGUUUUGAUAAUUUUCCCCUUAUGGACAUUUUUAUAUUUUACUUUGAUGACGUCACUUUUGCCUUUACAAAUGCCAAAAUACACAUUUAAUUAAUAAUUUUUUUCUUAAUUUCGUCAAAUAUUUUAAAAUAAAAUUUUUGAAAUAAUUUAUAUUUAAAGGUCAAAAAUGUCUUCAAAUUAUUCUUCGCCAAUUAUUUCAACAAAAAAUCAAAACACAGAAAACCAAUCAAAGCCAACUUUAUUUUCACCUUUAGACUCCGUCGCUACGCAACAGAAACAGCAACAACAGCAAAUUUCACCUAGUUUUUCAUCAGAAAGUGAAAAUAUUAACAAACCUUCUCAAAUUAAAACUUCCCCAAGUAAUUUUGAACAAAAACAAAAAAAUUUCUUUAGUUGUUCAAUAGCAGCACCUUCAUCUCCGCCAACUUUGAAAUCUACAAAAGCAGUAUCUCCUAUUGAAUCUCAUCAACAAAAACCUCUUGUUGCUAGUAAUAGAAAGACUUGUCAGUCAUUAACUACACAAAAACAGAGCUCCGCAUCAUCUGAAAUGUUUCUUGCUGCCGAUCCAAUUCUUAUGGACCUGCAAAAGGCCAAAACUAACAAUAAGCGUAAACGUGAAGAUGGAGUUCAGCCUCUCGCUAAUAUUAAAAGAGAUAAGAAGCAAAACUCGGAAACUAAUACAGAAGAACCAGAAGCACGUUGCAGCGUAAACAAAACCUCAUUUUCUUCUCUUGGUCGCAUUCCAAAGAUUGAAAAACCUGAACCGCCACCAACAACAGCUCGUUCUGAUCCAAAUGUCAACAUUUUACCUCUAACAAUUAAUACAAAAAUUCUAAAGCCUGAAGAGUUAGACAAGGCAGAGAAUGUUGAUAAACACUCGCCUCGUUUUAGCGAAGAUACUGAAAAUAAUAGUAAAUCUAACAAAAAGAACACCAACAAUACAUUAUUGACUACUUCAACAAUUAAUGGAAUUAAUGAAAAAAGUGUUCAACAACGGCCAAAAAGAGAUAUUUCAAGUAUUCGUCAGAAAAAUCAAAGGAAAACUUUUAAACUUCCCAAAAUUUCUGAAAAGUUUCGGAAAUAUAUAAAUGUUGAAAGGCAUGCUAAUGGUGGGGCAAGUUUACUUCGAUGUGAUUGGCGUAAAUUGCAACAUAAUUUGUCUUCUCAGGAACGACAACAAUUUGCUGAGCAAUUUAUUUCGCUUGGAUUUUUUGAAAUUGAAAAGGUACCUCUUUUUGUUAUUUGCAUCGUUGACAACGCAAUGGAAUAUUUGGAAAAUAUUUUAGAAUUUCUUGGUACAAAAUAUCCAAAAUUGCCUGUCAAAAUGGGUUCUCUUCACAAUAAGCAAAUGGUUGAAACCUUAAAAAUGGGAGAAUAUUAUGAGAGAGUAAUGGCUACUUACUCUUAUGGAACUUAUCGUUGUGGACCGCUAAACAAUAUUACAUUGGUUGGCAGAAAGCAAGAAGAAUGUGGAGAAUAUUUUGAACAUAUACUUGAGCGUCUAGAGGAAUGCCCUUUUCUUCGUUUACUUCUUCCUUGGAAUUCUGAUGAUGGUCCAAUUUAUUGGUGUCGUCCAGGAGAACAAUUAAUCCGGACAGAUGAUUUGUCCAAAGCAAAUCAGCAACAACAGCAGAGACGCGCUAGUACAUCUUUGAAGUACCAACAUCAUAAAACAAUGCCUUUAAAAGCACUGGAGCGGCGUGAAACGCUUUUUGAAGAUCGAACGCCUUGUCACGUUGAUUCUGUUGUUGAAGAAGAUACAGGGGAAAGAAGUGAAACAGGUGCAGUUGGAAUCUUACAAUCGAUUGAUUGCCAUAAAUUAUCAAAUGGUAUUGAUAACCAAGAAAAACAACAAAGAAUUGUAAAAGAAGUUACUUGCUUUCAUGGAGCAGAUUUUGACAGAUUGGUGGAAAUUCUGCAAUUAGACAUUUAUGAACCUCCAAUGUCUCAAUGUGUACAAUGGGUUGAGGAAGCAAAAUUAAACUCUUUACGGAGAGAAGGAAUUCGUUAUGCAAAAUUUUCGUUACGAGAGAAUUGCGUUUACUUUUUGCCAAGAAAAAUUAUUCAUCAAUUCCGAACAAUAUCUGCUUGCGGUUCAAUUGCUUGGCAUAUUCGUUUAAAGCAGUAUUAUGACAAAAAAGACCAGGACAAGAAAGUUUCCCCAAAUGUGUAG